AUGUACGAGUUAGCUCAGGGCACAGAGUCGCCCUGGUACGGCUAUCUCCAAGCGUUGCCACUAUCCGAGGAUCUUCCCGUAUUCUGGAAAGAUGAAGAAAAAUUGUGGUUUAAGGGUACUGAAAUGGAAGAUGCUGUGCAUAACGAUUUGGCAGAUCUGGACGACGACUAUCAAUCGAUUGUUGUCCCACUGAUCAAGGAAUAUCCCUAUAUCUUCAAGGAGGGCAAUUUCUCAUUUGACCUUUUCUGCCGAAUUUCGACUCUGAUUUCAUCCCGUGCCUUUGAAGUCGACGCAUUCCAUGAGACAGCCAUGGUUCCUUUCGCCGAUAUUUUUAAUCACCGUAGUGGCGACGAGCAUGUACACUUUGUCACUGAUUUUGAUGUCUGCGACCAAUGUGGUGCGCUCGAUUACUGCGAACACCAGUAUCUUGCUUACUUGGAACAAGGUAGCGACGCUGAACUUGAGGAUGAGGAUGCUUGGAGCGAUAUGGACGACGAGGAUGACGAGAAAAUGUCGGCUGCAAGUGGCAUCUCUCUCAAGAGCGAAGACGAUGACGAGGAAGAAGAAGAAGAAGGACCUUUAGAAGAUCUUGAAAAGUUGGAAGAGGACAAGGUGAACUUUUGGAAAGAGGACAAGGACGAAGAAAAAAAGGAUACGUGCGACAUGAUCCUCGAACGUGAUGUCAAGGCAGGCGAGGAAAUAUUUAACACCUACGGUCAACAUCCAAACAUUGUCCUUUUGAGCAAAUACGGAUUCUGCCAUGACAACAACGAGAACGACUAUGUCUCAGUCAGUCAGGACAAUUUGUUUGGGGCGUCGGUGGAGCUUAUUAAGAAUAGCCUGCUUAGCAAAAAGAAGUCAAAGAUUGACGAGGAAGCGAUAACCGAGGAAGCCAUCGAGCAUGUGCAAGAACGCUUUGAGUACUUUUUGACGAAUGAGGAUAUCCUUUGUCCAAAGCCAGAUGGUGACGAAAACGAUGAAGAAGGAGGUUGCUGUGACGAUGGUUGCUGUGGUGAUGACCACAAACAUGGUGACAAUGACGACUGUUGUGGCGAAGACCAUGAACACGAUCACGAACAUGCUGAGGAAGGCAUGGAAGAAGAAGAUGAGGACAACGCCGAAGAUGAUCAUGAAGAAGGCGGCAAGUCGCAACCCUACUUUAUUAAUGUCGAAGGUCUUUACGAGGAUACAGUCAUGUGCUUGCUUCACGUCGUCUUUGUCAACGAUCGAACGUUUAAAAAGUUCAAGGCGGAUGUUGGCGAAGCCUUGAUGUACUUUGAGGGUUUGGCAGAUCAGAGUCAAAACGGUGACAAAAAGUCGCGCAAGAAUACCGAACAUCUUGAAACCAAAAAGUUUGUUUAUACCGUCUGCAAGCUUCUUGCGGAGCAUAGAAGAAAAGAUUACUUGGAUGAUAAGGGCGAAUGGACACCGGUCGAAAAGGACAUUGAAACAAGAAGCAAGGUGAUUAACAAGCGCCAAUACUAUGCACUUACUUGUCGAAUCAGCGAAAAGAAGAUUGUCGAAAAGUCUAUUGCCUACUACGACUCACGGAUAAAGUCAUGCGAUACCGAAGCAGAGCCCAAAACACGCAAGAAGCAAAAGAAUUAA